AUGUCAUGUCCAACUGUGCCAGUUUUCGGGCUCUCAUUGGUUACAAAACUUGAAUUUUGUGGUUUCAAAGGUAAGAGUAACUCAAAUGGAGGAGAACAUGGUUUACUCAAGUUGUUUUCGUUUGCGUUUAUGGUUUGUGAAGCAUUAGGUUUUAGCGAUGAGGAAUUGGAUGGAGUGGUUAGUGCUCUACGAUUAGUGUCAAAACCAAAGAUUCCAAGCCAAGCUCCCAUAAACAAUGUAUCGAUCAAAGAUUCCAAAAUCAGACGAUUGGCUCGAGUGCAAGGAGGAAGCAGGAGGUUAAAGAGGCUAAAGGAGCUUGAAUAUGUUUCAAGUAGCCCAAGAAAGUCCCACUUGAAGCUUGCAUUGAAGAGAUUCAUUAAGGCCCAACCCACUUCAUUUUCGAAAACAGGAGUAAGGGUAAGACGUGCUCGUAUCAAGCAGAAAGGAAACCAACCUCAAAGCUGGAAACCAAAUCCAUAUUGGCAGACACGAGAUCCUUAG